AUGGGGCUGCAUGCAAACGCCGAGAUCUUGGUGUACACAAUGCCCGUCGGGAACCUCUCGAUGGAGCUCUACGAGGAGUACAUGGGCGUCCUCCAGAGCGCAGCCGUGAUCCCCAUCAGUAGCUUGACGCGGCCCGGCGGCUACAGCGCCGAGCUCUCGCCGUUCCGGUCGCUCUCGUGGGAGAGCUCGCAAGCGAUCAAGUACCGCUUCCUCGACAUGAACCGGGUGCUGCACCUGCCAUGCGAAGAGGUACAUGCGUCGCGCCGCCCAUUGGCGCUUCUCGGCAUCUGCCACUGCCCGACGACCGAGAACCUCCGGGAGGCGUACCACCACUUUACGACGGUCGCGGCGCAGUUCCCGACGACGAUCGCCCACAAGUGCUUCGCCUUUGAGCACGCGUUUGGCGCUGGCACGCUCGACGACGUCGCCGUCCUCGAUAACCUCGUCAUGUUCCCGCUCGCCGCGCCUUUGUCCGACGGCCACACGACGGUGUCACUGCACCUCCAAGUCGUGCUAGACUCGCUCACCGUCACGAUUCUCAUGUCGCUUGAGAGCUCGAUCCGCGCGGCCGUGCGACAGCACCAGCAGACGGGCUCCGCGGCCACGACCGACCAAGCGACCGCCGACGCGCAGCUCGGGCGCAAGUCGAUCCGCUCCAAGAUGGCACUGCGUCGGCGUCGAUUCCUUUGCAGGCGCUACCGGUGGCAGCGACGCCGGGGCGAACCCGAUCGGGCUCGAUGGUCCCAUCCACCACGACGGCAUCGGCGCCGUCGUCGGGUGGCGGUACGCUGGCUAUGGCUGGCGAUCAUGAGCUAUUUCGAUGAGUGUUUAGGCACGGGUUUGCUUGGACUGCUGGAGAAGGAGCCACGCGGCCGACGGCGCAUGAUCAUGCGGCAGCGCAAGCUCAUGGGCGACUACAGCCUCCUCCUCGCGUGCUAUAGCGACGCCCUCGAGUUCUACCUCUCGGCCCUCGACGGUCUUCGUGAGGACGAGCGCCGGGCGUCGAGUGCGUUCAGCGACACGCUCUGGCUUGCAGCGGCGCUCGAAGGCUACGUGACGAGCCUUGUGCUGCUCGUGGCGCCGCCAUUUCCAGGUGGCAACACGACCAAUGUGAAACUCAACGUCGAAGUCAUUGAGAAAGCGUCCGAGGCGAUCGUGCUGUAUGCCAAGGCGCAUUGCUUUGGCCUCGAAGCGCGCUUGGUUUCGGCCAUUGGCGACUACUACGUGGCCGUGCACGCCCAUCUCUCGGCUCAAAAAGGCACCGCCGACGAAGCGAUUUGGGUCCGGCAGCUCGCCCUCGAGACCCACGCGCGGCUCGUCGUCUGCUUUCCGUCGCUCUCGGUAGACCUCCGGUUGCAGCAUUUGCUCGAAAUGGCGGCGCAGUGUGGCCCCUUGCGCUGCGUGCGAAAGCAAGCGUUCUUCCUGCACGAAGCGGCGUCUCUCCUCGUGUACAAGCACCGCCUCGCGUCGCCGCCAAAAGUCGCCGACCUCCGCGCAGCGCUCUUCCUCGACCAAGUCGCGCUCGAGCUGCUCGACGACGCGACGAGCUGGGUCCACUUGCGGUUUCUCGUGCUGCGCCAGCUCGUCGCGAUCGCUCGGAUUUGCCACGCGUCGCCCGACACGAUUGUGCGCUACGCGCUCGCGCUCCUGCAGCUGCUCACGGCGCUGCGACGGGACGCCGCGUCCGCAACGCCAGUGUCGAUGCCGUCCAACAUUUGGAACGACGGCUUCCUCGAGCCGUUCUCGUCGUCGACGGCCGAGACCGACCGCGUGCCGGCACCGUUGCACGUGAAGACGCAGAGCGUCUACUACGCGCCGCCGCCAUCGUACGAAAAAGACGUGCGCAAGGCCAUGGCGAACGCGAGCUUCUUUGGCGUCAAGCAUCUGCCGACAACGAUGGCGGCCGCAACGACACCGCGCCUCCUCUCGACGCCACGGCAGCUCAUGACGGCGGUCCUCAACGUCCCAACGAGCUUUGGCGUCUCUGACAGCGCAAGAGAAAACCACCGGCGCGUCGACGUCACCGCCAAGAGCGCGGAUGCCGAGACGCCGUUCUUGGAACUGCACACGGACAUUGACGUGGCAUUGUGGCAGGGCGCGUGCUGGGCACUACUGCAGUCGGACCCUGGGAGCCGCACCCGAACGGUCGUCCCACUACUGGAUCGGCUGCUGGAUGUUCGCUCGAUGACGCCGUUGGCGCCACGCCCGCUCGUGCCCGCGUCCGAGGUUCGCCGCCUCGUGGACCCUGUCGCGGCCAAAGCGACGUUCAUGUACAACCCGUUCCAGGCAAAAACGACGGCGUCGGCAACGACCGUAGCGACAUCGUACGUCUACGCGCUCGGCGAUCUCGUCGGCAUCGAUGUCGAGGCGGCCAACCCACUGGACAUUGCACUGGUGCUGCCGCAGCUUCAAGCGUACUGCAGCGGCCACAUGCUCGCCUACCCCGCCGCCGCGAGUCUCACACCGCGCCAAGCGCGUGUUUCGGUGCUCUUGACGCUGCGCCCUCAAGCUGUCGGCGACCUUGUUCUCGAAGGCGUCGACUGCAUCUUGCCCCAGCAAACGCUCCAGUACCGCUUGCCCCGGCCCGUGAGUCUGCAGGUCGUCGAUGCGAUCGCGCUGGCCGACUGGAAAGGCGCAGAUGGACCGGUGACGCUCUUCGCCAACGAAGACCGCGUGCUGCCCAUCUCGCUGCGCAACGCAUCAACGGCCCAAAGCAUGGACGACGUGACGCUGCUUUUGUCGGUGCACCGGCAGACCGACGGGUUCCACGCCCCGGCCACGACCAUCCUCGCUCUCGGUGCCCCGGGUCGCGUUGCCAUCGCUGAUUUUGCCAUUGCUUGGGACGCCGUCGCACUAAACUCGGACGUUUGA